GUCCCGGACUGGACUUUUUGCGCGUCUGGCUGGAGCAUUACGGUCCCCAGCAGCUCCGUCCAGCGCCCCCAUCAUGUCGCCGAUUGACCGAUGCCUGACCUCCAUGGCCAGGCUCAGCCUCUCACAGUUCUCCCACGUCGCGCGCCCGUCAGCGACGUCGAUACCGCGCUUCCUGGCGCCCGCACUGGUCCAGAGCCGCCAGGCCUCGGUGAUCAGGAUCAAGAAGACCGCCAAGAAGAAGAGGGCGAUUCCCAAGGACUUCAAGCGGCCCAAUUUGGAGAAGACGGGGUUUCCUCAGUUUUCAUUAUGCGAGGCAAUGCGUGUCCUGCGAGCCGUCGAAGUCGGCCAGCCCUCUGCGUCCGUCAAAUACGAAGUCCAUAUCAACCUCAAGACUGCGCGAAAUGGACCCGUAAUCAAGAACAGCAUUCGCUUGCCGCACCCCGUCCAGAGCGACUGGCAGAUCGCCGUCAUCUGCCCCGAGGGCAGCGAGAUCGCCAACGCCGCCACCGCGGCCGGUGCUGUCGCCGUCGGCGAGGAGACGCUCUUCGAGGCCAUUCGUCAGGAAAAGAUUGAAUUCGACCGACUCAUUUGCCAUGAGUCGAGCGAAAAGGCGCUCAACAAGGCUGGGUUGGGCAAGAUUCUCGGGCCCAAGGGUUUGAUGCCCAGCCAGCGGAUGAAGACAAUCGUCAGCGACGUGGCCAAGUCCAUCCGAGACUCUGCAGGUGCUGCCGACUACCGUGAGCGCCAGGGCGUCAUUCGCAUGGCUAUUGGUCAGCUGGCCUAUACCCCGGACCAGCUCAAGGCCAACAUCCAGGCGCUUCUCAAGAAGAUCAAGUCGGAGUGCGCUGAGAUCUCGGAGGAGUCGUCCAAGGAGGUGAACGAGGUCGUUCUCAGCUCCACGCACGGUCCCGCGUUGAGCCUCAAUGGGAAGCUGAGGGACGCAGAGGAUCAAGUCACGCCGGAAGCUUUGUCCAGCGUCAUGUAGGCAUAGCACACGGCAUGUAUUAUUGUACAAUAUCUUGGCCGAGUCGCGGCGAACGAGUAAGAGAUGGGCCGUUGGAAUCGACGGCUUAUUCGGGUAUCAUUUGCGGCUUUACAGCCGCUCUAUGUUUUGCGCAGCGCCUUAACGGCCUCGCCCUGUGCAUCCAGCAUCCGGUAUAUCUCUAGAUAUCUCAUCACGCGGCCUUGGCCACGGGCGCCAGCUCCC